AUGGGUCACUCCCACGGUUUGAGAUCGGGCACUCGCUAUGCCUUCAGCCGCGGCUUCAAGGAGAACGGCAUGAUCCGUCUGUCGACCUACCUGAAGACUUACCGGGUUGGCGACAUUGUGGAUAUCAAGGUCAACGGUGCCGUUCAGAAGGGUAUGCCCUACAAGGUCUACAACGGUAAGACCGGUGUCGUCUACAACGUGACCAAGUCUUCCGUCGGUGUCAUCAUCUACAAGGUUGUCGGCAACCGCUACAUGGAGAAGCGCAUCAACGUUCGUAUCGAGCACGUCAAGCACUCCCGUUCCCGUGAGGACUUCAUCAAGCGUGUCAAGGAGAACGCCGCCAAGAAGCGCCAGGCCAAGGAGCAGGGCAUCCACCUCCACCUGAAGAGACAGCCUGCCAUGCCCCGUGAGGGCCACGUUGUCGAGGGUGUUGCCGCUGAGACCAUCACCCCCAUCCCUUACGACACCCACAUCUAA